AUGAGUAUUGUGCGAACUCCAGUAUUCUAUCAGGCCCCAAGUGGAAAUUUCAGGCAAGUCCUGGGACACGGCAUUGCCCGCUAUGGCUUUUUUGGCUUCUUGAACAGCGACAGGGCUACCUCAGACAUCGGUCCCUAUGUACAAUCCAAUCUUCCACCACAAAUGCAAGCGUUAUCCGUAGACUAUCUAGCCAAAAAGAAAUCCAAGAGCAAACGGGGGCUUAAAAAACAAUUGUUUACGCGUCUGCUUCAAUUAUUCCCUUCGGCACUCGGAACGAUCGAAUCGGGUACUAAGCUCAUCAUAAGUCCAGUCGUCUCUACGGCAGAUGUCAUCAGUGGGCAUCUUCCCGGCAAGAACGAACUUGCUCAAGACUCCUCGUGGGGAACAUCGACGGUUAAGACUGACAGUUUGCAAGGAGAUCUUUUGUGGUCCACAACAGUGAACUUGGGAUCGUCUUCACAGCCUCUACGAAUCAACAUUGACACCGGCUCGGCUGAUUUCUUUGUGUUUGAUCCAAAAUGUCAAUCAUGCGCACUCAAUACUCACGCCGCGUUCUUCUACGCGCAAUCCAGAACAUUCACCCCCUUGGUGAACCUGACAUUCAAUGCCCAAUACGCUGAUGGUGGAGGAGUGAAUGGAUACUUAGCGCAAGAUAGCUUGAACUUCGGAGGCGGUGUUUCUGUACCCCAGCAAUUAUUUGGUUUGGCGACCGACGUUUCGGGAUACUGGCAGUCCCUGGGAGUUGAUGGCUUGAUGGGCUUGGGUCCCGAUGUGCUUUCAUCCUUCCCCCCACCCAACAAUCUGGGUGUAUUCACCCAGCUAGUGAAUAACAAAGCUCUUUCUCAACCUGUUAUCGGCAUUGCACUCACGAAAUCUUCGGUGAAUUCAAGCGGCGAGUUCUCAUUUGGGAAAGUUAAUGAACAAUGGGUUCGAGGUGGGGCAUCGCAGAUGUUUUGGAAAAAUGUCAGCAGUCAAAACUUCUGGGGUACUGAACUCUCGGGAAUUUUCGUUAACGGUCAGAAUGUCAUGGCGACCGAAGAUCCGCCGCGAGCCAUAGUUGAUACCGGUACCUCAUUGAUGCUUGUCUCAGACACGGCCGCCGCCGGGAUACACAAGCAGAUACCUGGGGCAGUAGUCGAUCCUUCGAACGGCAUUUGGCGCUUGCCCUGUUCGACAGCCAAUGUUGCCACCACACCGAAGAGGCCCACUUUCGCAUCUAUAUUUGGCUUUAUGCCCAGGCCGCAACGACGAGCAUCACUUCGCAAUGCAUUCUCGAAAGCAUAUCCAGCUCCCCCGAACAUUUUUGUCGAACUUGGAUCUGGCGCACCAAAACUUGGCAUCCCAGUCACUGAUUUGGCAUAUCAAGCGAUUCCAUCGGAUGAAGCAAAUUCCCUCGCUCUUGAUGGCCGGACAAAAAUGUGCUACAGUGGUAUACAGGCAGGAGCUGACGGGUUUUUCGUUCUCGGGGGAACAUUUAUUAAGAAUCAUUACAUCGCCCUCAGGCGUGACGGCGCCAAGAGAAGCAUUGGUUUUGGCAACCGGAAGGAUCUUCCUGAAAUCCAAUAG